GAUCCCUCAACCAGACGUAGUCCAAAUGCAUCCGACUUCCUCUGUAGUGGAGUUCUGGUACAUGCAUGAAGAGGAGGAGCGUUAACAGCAGCUUUUGUCUUUUCAACGAAUAUUCCAGAACUCACCCAAACAGUCUUCAUAUGACGCUAAAAUCCAAUAAAAACGAACCUACUGUCAUAUUGGAGCCCGUGGACUCCGUCCGGACAGCCCUCUCCGAUCUCUACCUAGAGCAGCUUCUGCAAAACAAACCAAAGACUGACAAGGUAGCCAUGCAAACAUUUGAGAAUAAAGGUGCUGAGGUCUAUAGCAAUGGAAGUGCCAAAUAUGUGAAUGGUACUGAGCUGACCAAAAUGAAAGAAGUCAUGUUUGAAAAAAAUCCCUCGGAGCCAAUGGGAGUCACUCUGAAAAUGAAUGACAAGCAAAGGUGCACAGUAGCAAGAAUUUUGCACGGAGGAUUUAUACAUAGACAAGGAUCCCUGCACGAAGGGGAUGAGAUAGCAGAAAUCAAUGGCAAAAGUGUGACUAACCAAACAGUCGAUCAGCUGCAAAAGAUUUUGAAAGAAACAAACGGAAUAGUCACAAUGAAGAUUGUUUCCAACCAAAAAAGCCGCUCCAAAGCUUGUGAGACGUACAUGAGGGCCCAGUUUAACUAUGACCCCUCCACCGAUGAACUCAUCCCGUGCAAAGAGGCCGGGCUACGUUUUCAAACUGGUGACAUCAUCCAAAUCAUCAACAAACAGGAUCCCAACUGGUGGCAGGGUACAGUAGAGAGCAGUGCUGCCAACUUCGCUGGACUAAUACCAUCGCCGGAGCUCCAGGAAUGGAGAGUGGCAAGUAAAAGCAAAGCCAAAGACAGUCAGUCCUGGAGCCCCUUCGGAAAGAAAAAGAAGUGCAAAGACAAGUACCUGGCUAAGCACAGCUCAAUUUUUGACCAGUUGGAUGUGAUUUCUUACGAGGAGGUUGUCCGGCUCCCUGCUUUCAAACGGAAAACUUUGGUGCUCAUUGGUGCACCUGGUGUAGGCAGGAGUCACAUUAAAAAUUCAUUGCUGAAAAAAUAUCCGGAGAAAUUUUCUUAUCCUGUUCCACACACAACCAGAACGCAACGGAAGGAUGAGGAGAAUGGGCAGGAAUAUUAUUUCAUCUCCAACGACGCCAUGACAAAGUGCAUCUCCGAAAAUGCGUUGCUUGAGUACGGCAGCUUCCAGGGAAAUAUGUUUGGCACCAAAAUUGAGACCAUCCAGAAGAUCCACGAGCAGGGCAAAAUUGCACUGCUGGAUGUAGAACCACAGACGUUGAAGGUUUUGCGGACUGCUGAUUUUGCCCCUCUUAUGGUCUUCAUUGCACCCACCAACACGGCUACUCAGACGGAAAAUCUGACAAUGAUCCAGAAGGAGUCCGACGCCAUCCUGACGGCCUACAGACACUUCUUUGAUCUGAUCAUUGUCAACAACGAUGUUGACGAGAGUGUGAAAGUCGUGGAAGAAACCUUGGAGCAGGUCACCUCCACUCCGCAGUGGGUGCCUGUCUCGUGGGUGUACUGAUCGAUGUUAGACUCCAGCGUGAUAUCUUAUUCGUUUUAUUUUUUAAAGCAGUGCAAUAUCACUUCUUACACAAAACCUCUGAGUUAGUGAUAUCCCAAGUCUGAAUGGGGUUUAUUUUUGGUUAAUGUUUAUUGUCAGAAAUUCUUUUUUUUGCAUGUGUGCGCGUUUAAAAUAAAGCAAUAUUUAGAAAGAUUUAUAUCAGAAAACUGAGAACUUCACCAGGAAUGUUGAUAAUUCAAUCGGUUAUUUGUGUUUUAGGCUUUUGAGGAAGCUUUUAUUGCCAUACAACUGUGAUUGUUGUAUUGUGGUUGAAUACAAAAUAGGACCGUAACUGUGAAAAAAGUCCACCCUUUUCAAAUCAUUAUAUUUAAUAUGACAUCCUAACGUCAUAAUGUCAUUAGUUAUCACUACAGGGCAUUAAUAUGUUUGUCCAGCCGCGUAUGUAACUUUUGACUCCAAACCAUUUCAGUCAAUAAGAACUUGACCUGUUAAAACUGUCACAUCAAAUUGUAUACCUAAUAGGCAGUUUAGAGGCACUUUUACAAAUAUUAAAUUUCUCAGCUCUGUUGCAA